UGAAAUCAACUAGUGCAACAGCACCCUCUGCUGGUCACGGCCAGUAGUGUUGAUUCUGUUGCAGCUGUGGAUCCAGCAGAGUCGAUGCUUUGGCAUGACGUCAUAUUGUGUGACGUCACACUUUGGCUGCGCACAAUGCUGUGCUCUGUGUGACCGGGACGUGUGAUCGGACAGCAUGGCCGCUCAGGAGCCGUCGCCGCCGUCGUCCAUGGAGAGCAACAAGCCGGGCUUCCCCAAGAAGAUCCUGGGCAACAAGCUGGAGGACAAGCACCUGUGCAACUGCUGCCACAACAUCCUGCGGCGGCCCGUGCAGGCGCAGUGCGGCCAUCGCUUCUGCUCGUACUGCUUCAACCUGGCCGUCAGUAACGGGCCGCACAAGUGCAGCGCUUGCAUCAAGGAGGACAUUUUCGAAGAGCCCACGUCUAUCCUGAGACAAGGAUGCGCUUUUCCCGACAACGCAGUUCGCAGGGAGGUGGAGAACCUCUCGGCGCUCUGCAUCAACGAAAGCUGCACCUGGAGAGGAACCAUCAAGGAGUACGAGCUGAACCACGAAGGCAAGUGCGAGUUCAUGGUCGUCCCGUGCCCGUCCUGCAAGGAGCGGAUUCGCUUCAGCGAGCAGGAGCGCCACAGCGAGCGCGAGUGCCCGGAGAGGACGCUCAACUGCAAGUACUGCAAGGAACCCUUUCACUUCAAGAACAUCAAGGCACACGAUGAGAUCUGUCCCAAGUACCCGAUGAUCUGCGAGGGCUGCGCCAAGAAGAAGAUACCCAGGGAGAAGUAUGUGGACCACAUCAAGUUCUGCAGCAAAUUCAGGACGCCGUGUCGCUUCCACGUCGUGGGAUGCGACAUGUCUGUGGAGAAAGAGAAGACUCACGACCACGAGCGUGCGUUUGCCUACGAGCACCUCAACCUGCUGCUGCACUACAUCAUGGGCAUGAAGGUGAGCAUGGAGGGGCUGCAGCCGCAGGGUCUGGAGGUGGCGGGACACAAACUGGUGGAACUGCAGCAGUCCCUCAGGGAACUGGAGGCCCGAGUCUCCCAGCUCAGCACCACCUCCCCCUGGCCUCCCGUGCAGGGAGCUGCCGCCUCCUCGUCCUCCGGCUCUGGCCCGUCUGCCUCGGCGCCCCUGCCGCCGCCACCCACACUGGCGCCCACCCUCUCCGUGUCUACCUCCUUCACGCCGCUGCCCAGCUCGGUGGGCGCGGCGCUGGAGCUGCAGCUCCACAGCGAGAAGACCAAGGUGGCCGAGCUGGGCCGCCGGUGCACCGAGUUGGAGGUGAAGUCCGGCACCUUUGAAAACGUGGUGUGCGUCCUCAACAGAGAAGUGGAGCGCUUCGCCACAACCAUGGAGGCUAGCAACCGCCAGCACAAGCUGGACCAGGACAAGAUCGAGGCUUUGAGUAACAAGGUGCGGCAGCUGGAGAGGACGGUGGGGCUGAAGGACCUGAUGGUGGCAGAGAUGGAGGGUCGGCUGAGGGAGAUGUCUGCCACCACCUUUGAUGGCGUCUUUGUCUGGAGGAUCUCCGAUUUUGCCAAAAAGAGACAGGACGCUAUCGCGGGUCGAGCCCCCGCCAUGUUCUCGCCAGCGUUCUACACCAGCAAGUACGGCUACAAGAUGUGUCUGCGGAUCUACCUGAACGGCGACGGCACGGGCCGAGGCAGCCACCUGUCCUUGUUCUUCGUGGUCAUGCGAGGACUCAGCGACGCCCUGCUCAAAUGGCCCUUCAACCAAAAGGUGACGCUGAUGUUGCUGGACCAGAGCAACCGCGAGCACAUCAUCGACGCCUUCCGCCCCGACGUCACCUCCUCCUCCUUCCAGCGGCCCGUCAGCGAGAUGAACAUCGCCAGCGGCUGCCCGCUCUUCUGCCCGCUCUCCAAGCUGGACGCCAAAAACUCCUACAUCCGCGACGACACCAUCUUCAUCAAGGCCAUCGUGGACCUCACCGGCCUCUAGCGGGGAGGGGGGGGGAGCUCGGCUUCCAUUGCGAGGGCGUCUCCUUGAAUCGGGGGCUUCGUUUUGGCGAUCCCCGUAGGACGGCGUUAAGCGCCCCCUUUGCGGCUUUGGGGAGACGAAACGGUCGGCCCCGCCCGGGCGGCGGCGUUGUUGUCGUCGUCGUCGGCGAGGGCGUCCGCCAUCACUGUUUGUGUCGGGCGCCGCACUUCCCCAGGUUUUCUUCCCUCACCUUGGUUUUUGGCUCGCAGGACACCAGAGCGACGGGUUCGGGAGCGGCGUUGAGCAGACGCGGGGACGUCUGAGCGUCGUCGGCGCAGAAUUGGGCCGAUAGACGGUCACGUGGCGGUGGCGUUUUUAGCUUCUUCUUCUUCUUCUUCUUCUUCUUCUUCAGAUUGUCGGUAUCGUGAUGCCCUCUCCGUUCUAAUGUUGAGUACUUUUUUGCAUAGACAAACGUGGAGUUAUGUGAUCAACCAGGCUUUUCUUUUCCUUUCAAUAUGGGUGACGUGCAUGCCGAGUGUCAAAGUGCGCCUUAGCUUCAUGAAGCGUAGCAGCGGCCAUCUCGCCCGCACGUCAGGUUAGGGUUCCAAGCAGGGUUCGGGUUCAGAAGCAGGGUUUCGAGGGCGUCCCCCGUCCGUUUUUUUGGCGUCCGUCGCUCGUUCCGACUCGGGGUUGUGACCGGUGCUUUGGUACAUCUGUGGAAGAUACAGUGGAGUUAGCGAGGUGUCGACGAGCGUUUUUUUGUCCCCCGUGACGGACGCACACAGCUGGAGUUGUCCCAAAACCCCCAUUUGGGAGUGUUAUUGCAGCUGAACUACAAAACCCCAAAACCAGUGAAGUUGUUACGUUGUGUAAAUGGUAAAUAAAA